AUGUUCCUAGAGCGUCUGCUCGCAGUUGUUCAAACGAUCCUGGCGUCUGGUUCUAAAGAUCUUACGGUCUCACAUCUGGCUGAGAUGGCGGAUCGAAUGAUAGAGGUGGAACGGUUCCAGUCAACUUCCAUUGCCCAGAUCUCCUCAUCGUCCGUGAAUGAUCAUUUAAUGAAGCAGGUGUCGGCCAUGGCGGAUGAGAUGACCUCCCUUAAACUACAGCUCGCCCACCUUACUUCCAGUCGCUCACGCAGCCGUCGUCGUUCUCUUGUUGGUAUCAUACUAAUUUCGGCGCAAAGGUCCGUCGCUGUUCCUCACCCUGCUCUUUUACGCGAAACAGGGAAACCAGUCAGCCGGAGAAUAGAUACUACCGUUUUCUCUGGCGCUUCCGGCUCUGGUCGCACCUUCUAUGUUUGCGACACUGCGACUCGCAGACAUUUCCUGGUGUACAAUGGAGCCCAAAUCAGCGUUGUUCCCCCAACUCCAGCUGAUCGUCGUUUCCCUAGCCCUGAUCUUAACCUCCAAGCUGCCAACUGUUCCCCUAUUCGUACUUUUGGCAGUCUGUCCCUCCCCCUGAGCAUUGGCCUUCGUCGGUCAUUCACAUGGCUCUUUGUGAUUGCUUAUGUCCCUCAUGCAAUCCUCGGCUCGGGCUUUCUUGCCGAGUUCGACCUCCUUGUUGACUGUCGACGUGCCCGUCUCCUCGACCGCACUACCGGUCUGUUUGUUCGUGGACUAAAUAUCUUUUCUGUCCCCAUCAACUUAUCUGUCUUGGGUACAGAUAUUUCUAGCCCCUUUCGACAACUGCUUAUUAGUCACCCCAAUAUAAUUAACCCCCAGUUUCGCAGUAGUGAGGUCCAACAUGAUGUUGUGCACCAUAUCCGCACCUCAGGUCCCCCUGUGUUUGUUUGGCCGAGACGACUAGCACCGGAGCGUUUUCAAGCCGCGAAGACAGAGUUUGAACACAUGCUGCAACUGGAAUAA